CAACCAUCAAUAAUGUGAAGGAACAAAUUAACAUCCAUUUGCCAUGACUGGUCAAAAGAAACCCAAUUUUAUUGUGAUUGUUGCUGAUGACUUAGGUUUCACUGACUUAAGUGCCUUUGGAGGUGAAAUUGAUACACCAAACUUGAAACGUCUUGGAGACCAUGGAUACCGCUUUACCGACUUCCAUACAGCUUCAGCAUGCUCCCCUACAAGAUCUAUGUUACUCUCCGGCACUGAUAAUCACAUUGCUGGAUUGGGUCAAAUGGCCGAGUUCUCCAGGGGGUUUCCCGAGCAAUUUGGUGGGAAACCAGGUUACGAAGGAUACUUGAAUUACAGAGUAGCGGCACUCCCUGAAAUUAUGCAUGAUUCGGGCUACUAUACGCUAUUAUCUGGAAAAUGGCAUUUAGGUUUAACUAAGGAAUAUUGGCCAUCAGCCAGAGGAUUUGAAAAGACCUUCACUCUAUUACCCGGUGCUGGUAAUCACUAUAAGUAUUUUCCUCUUGAUGAGGUUACUGGUGAAACUGCUUCUUUCAUGAAGCCUUUGUUUGAAGAAAACGGUGAAACUAUUGAUCCAUUUUCCCUUCCAGAAGAUUAUUAUAGUUCUGAUUAUUUCACCGACAGGUUUAUCAACUAUUUGAAAGAUGACGAUAGAAAAGAAAGACCUUUCUUUGGGUUGUUGACGUUUACUGCUCCUCAUUGGCCAUACCAAGCGCCCGAAGAAGUCAUCAAGAAAUAUAAGGGAGUUUAUGAUGGAGGUCCGCAAGAGCUCAGGUCAAAAAGACUAGCCAAUGCAUUGAAGUUGGGAAUUAUUCCCGAGGGUGUGGUUCCUCACCAAGUUGAGACCCAAAGAGAGAAAGCAUGGAAAGACUUAUCGGACGAAGAAAAGGAUAUCGAAGCUAGGAUCAUGGAGACAUAUGCUGCAAUGGUUGAUGUUGUGGAUCAAAAUAUAGGGAGACUUAUCAAUCACUUAGAAACUGCUGGUGAACUAGACAAUACUUUCAUUCUAUUUAUGUCUGACAAUGGUGCUUGUGGAAUGUUGAUGGAGGCCUUGCCAUUGAAGAAUGAGAACUUUAGAAAGAAUAUAGAGAAGAACUAUGAUAAUAGAUUGGAAAACAUCGGGAAAAAAGAUUCUUUUGUGUGGUACUCUGAUCAAUGGGCACAGGCAGCAUCUGCACCAUCAUAUAUGUAUAAAAUGUGGGCCAGUGAGGGUGGAAUUCGUUGUCCUUUAAUAUUGCAUUACCCAGAUUUGAUCAACAACGAAAAGAGAGGAAAAGUAAAAAGAGAGUUUACAACGGUUAUGGAUAUUUUACCAACUAUACUAGAGAUUGCGGGCAUUAACCACCCAGGGGAAGUCUUCCAAGGAAGAAAAGUGGUCAAAGUGAGAGGUCAUUCUUGGUUAGGUUAUCUCAAGGAAGAGCAGGAAUCUGUUCACUCUGAAGAUUCCGUUGUUGGAUGGGAGUUAUUUGCUCAACAAGCAGUCAGAAAAGGCAAAUACAAAGCUUUAUUCAUUCCAGAGCCGUUAGGUCCAGAAAAAUGGCAGUUGUUUGAUCUCAGUACAGAUCCUGGGGAAACACGCGACUUAUCGGAGGAAUUAAGCUGGAAGUUGGAUGAGAUGCUUAAUCAUUGGACUCAGUAUGUUGCAGAAACUGGUUUGGUAGAAUGUACUGGGCUAUUCAAAUACGAAUAUGACAAGAAAAUAUUAUAUGAUUAAUAGAAUUCGAGAUUAUGCCUUACAAUGGAAUUCAGGACAAUUAAAUAGUUAAAUUUCACCAUAAAAGUGUAAGGGAGCUUGCACAAGAAGUUUCACGAUGAUAUUGUAAAUCAUUAGUUCUCUAAAGAAAGGGGAAAUUCAGAACCCCAGAGUAGAGAAAAAUGUGUUAGGAACAGCUGUAUAUCGUGGUCACUAAUUCUUCAGUAUAUCAAAUCAAACGACUCUAAUCUCCAGUUGGGAAUAUGUCACUGUGUCAUGUGAAAAUUUAGGAAUUAUAAUAUCCUGGUAGCGUAAAAUCAUUUUAAACUCUUACUACGAUAAUCGUGCUCUAUAUUGUUGUUCUAACCAGUCUC